UUAUUUACAGAGGGUUGGUGUUGUAAACAAGAACAGUUUGAUCAAAAUGGAGAGCAAUGCUGGUGAUCUCUAUCCAUGUCAAUAUUGCAAAGUGGCAUUUUCAAAUGUUUCCUUUUUGAAGGCACAUUUGAAAUUCAAACAUGGAGGAGAAGAAAUAGCCAAUUGGAGUCUAGGUCUCACUUCUAAGAAUAGUGAACAUUCUUUCCAAUCAUCAAGUUUUCAUCAACAUCUUACAAUUUUUAUGAAAAAAAAGGCUUACAAGUGUGACAGAUGUAAGAAAUGUUUUACAAAGCUUAGUCAAUUGAAGAAACACCUUAGAAACAGCAUAGAAAAAAAGACUCAUAAGGGUGACACAGAAAUUAGCCAUUUAAAAAAUAAUACUGUUGAAAAGCCUUACAAGUGUGAAAUAUGUUGUAACUAUUUUAUGAAGCUAUAUCAAAUAAAGAAACACAUUGAAACUCAUACAGGAUUAAAGCCUUAUACUUGUGACACAUGUGGCAAAUGUUUUUUGCAGUUUUCAUGUUUACAGAGACACCUUCUAAUUCAUUCAGGAGAAAAGCCUCACAAGUGUGACACAUGUGGUAAAAGCUUCUUUCAGUUGUCAAAUUUAAAGAGUCACCAUAGACAUCAUACUGGAGAAAAACCUUACAAAUGUGGCACAUGUGGUAAAGGUUUCACAGAAUGUAGCAGUUUACUGAGACACCAUAGAGUUCAUACAGGAGAAAAGCCUUUCAAGUGUGACAAAUGUGGUAAAUAUUUUACAGAUUCAUCACACUUAACGAAACACUUAAGAAUUCAUACUGGAAUAAAACCAUACAAGUGUGAUACAUGUGGUAAAUGUUUCACAGAAUUUUGGGAUUUAAAGAGACACCUUAAAAUUCAUACAGGAGAAAAGCCUUACAAUUGUGACAAAUGUGGUAAAUGGUUUCAGAGUCGUGAAUAUUUAAAGAAACAUGUUAAAAUACAUUCAGGUGAUAAGCCUUACAAGUGUGACAACUGUGAUAAAAGUUUUUCACAGCCUGCUUACUUAAAGAUACACCUUAGAAAUCAAAACUUAGGAAAGACUUACAAGUGUGACAAAUGUGGUAAAUGUUUCACAACAAGUCAAUCUUUAAACAACCACCUUAGAUUUCACACAGGUGAAUUACCUUACAGUUGUGACAAAUGUGGUAAAUCUUUUGCAUUGAAGAGCACUCUACAGAUCCAUUCUACAAUUCAUACUAAACCUCAUAAGUGUGACAAAUGUGGCAAAUGCUUCAUGGAGCUAUUAAAGUUUCAGAAACACUGUGGAAUUUAUAGAUGUGAAAAGCCAUACAAGUGUGACAAAUGUGGUAAAUGUUUCACAACAAGUCAAUUUUUAAACAACCACAUUAGAAUUCACACAGAUGAAUUACCGUACAGGUGUGACAAAUGUGGUAAAUCUUUUGCAUUGAAGAGCAGUCUGCUGAACCACUUUAUAAUUCAUGCUAAACGUCAUAAGUGUGGUAAAUGUGGUAAAUGUUUCACACAAAGUAAAAGUUUACAGAAACACCAAGCAAUCCAUACUGGUGAAAAGCCUUUCAUGUGUGAAAAAUGUGGUAAAUGUUUUAUACUCCUGACCUAUCUACAGAACCACUUUAAAAUUCAUUUAGGAGAAAAUCCUUACAACUGUAAGAAAGGUGAUAAGUUUUUCACUCACAUUAAAUCUGUACAGGAACACCAUAGAAUCCAUUCUGGUGAAAAGCCUUACAUGUGUGACAAAUGUGGUAAAUCUUUUGUAAGGCUGACCAAUUUACAGAACCACUGUAAAAUUCAUCUAGCAGAAAAGCCUUACAUGUGUGACAAAUGUGGUAAAUCUUUUGUAAGGCUGACCAAUUUACAGAACCACUGUAAAAUUCAUAUAGCAGAAAAGCCUUACAUGUGUGAUAAAUGUGGAAAAUGUUUUGCAUUCUCCUACAUUUUACAGUCACACAAUAGAAUUCAUACAGGAGAAAAGCCUCACACAUGAAUCAGGUUUAAAGAAGCAUCAAAGAAUUCAUACUGGAGAAAAACCUUACAAGUGUGUCAAUUGCGAUAAAUGUUUUACACAUGACUCAGGUUUAAAGAAGCAUCAAAGAAUAUAUGCAGGAGAAAAAACCUUACAAAUGUGUCAUUUGUGGUAAAUGUUUCACACAGCUUACAGAUCUAAUUCAUUCAGGAGCAAAAAACCUUACAAGUUUGACAAAUGUGGUAGAUGUUUCUAAUUCAUUCAGGAGCAAAAAACCUUACAAGUUUGACAAAUGUGGUAGAUGUUUCUCUCAGGCUUACUGUUUAGCGAGACAUCAUAGAAUUCAUACUAAUGAAAACCUUACAAUUAUAGCAAAUCAUUUUGGGAUCUUGGCUACUUAACAAAACACAAUUUAUACAGAACAAAAACCAGUGUGUU